AUGAGGCCCAUUGCCCUCUUCCAAGCCGUCGGCCUCUUCUUGGGGCUGACCAAUGCCGCUCCGUCGGCUGACGUCUCCGUCGCUUCCCGCGACCUAUUCAAGCGUGCUCCCACCUGCAACACGCCUUCUAACAGGGCCUGCUGGUCCAACGGCUUCGAUAUCAACACCGAUUACGAGAGCAGCAUCCCCAACACCGGCAACACUCGUCGUUAUAUUCUCGAUGUCACUCAGACCGAGAACUGGGUUGGUGGCGAUGGCCAGGUGAAGAAGUUGGCCAUGUUGUUCAAUGGAACUUUCCCCGGCCCCACCAUUCGAGCUGACUGGGGUGAUUGGAUCGAAGUGACUGUGCGCAACAAGCUCUCCUGCGACGGCACCUCGGUCCACUGGCACGGAAUCCGCAUGCAGAGGAACUCCGUCAACGAUGGUGCCAACGGUGUCACCGAAUGCCCCAUUGCUCCCGGCACCAGCAGGACUUACCGCUUCCGCGCGGAGCAGUAUGGAACCGGAUGGUACCACUCCCACUACUCGUCCCAAGAUGGGCAAGGCCUUGAUUCCUCCCCCGGCGCCGCUCCUGCCGCCGACAACGUCCUGUUCAACGGAACCCACGUCUCCUCCGCCGGCACCGGCGACUACGCCCGCGUGAAGCUAAAGGUCGGAAAGCGCCACCGUCUCCGACUCAUCAACCCUUCCGUCGACAUCUCGUACACCGUGUCCCUGGUCAACCAUGACAUGACCGUCAUCGCGACCGAUUUCGUGCCCGUCAACGCCUUCACUGCGCCGUCCGUCCUCCUGACCCCUGGACAGCGUCUCGACGUUACCAUUGACGCGUCCAAGACCCCCGGCAACUACUGGUUCAACGUGACCUUUUCCUCGAGCCCCUGCGGAAGCUCCCGGUUCGCCAAGCCCGCGGCCAUUUUCCAGUACGAUAGCGUCGCGGCCGGUAUUCCCACGAUCCAAGGAUCCGCGCCUACGGAUACGCUCUGCCAGGAUAACAACAACUUUAGCCCGGUUGUCAGGCGUACCGUUCCUUCUUCCGCCUUCAAGGUCAACGAGACCAACACCAUCGGAGUCGAGCUCGUCCAGAAGGCCUGGCAAAAUGUCCCUAACCGUGUGUACUGGAACGUCCACGGUCAUGACAUGAACGUCACAUGGGAGAACCCCACGCUCGAGUAUGUUGCCAACAAAGACUUGACCUUCCCCGAGAGGUACAAUAUCCACACUGUCGACAAGAAGAAUGGCGAUUGGGCUUUCUGGCUCAUCGAGAACACCAGUGUUCUUCCCCACCCCAUGCAUCUUCACGGCCAUGACUUCUACGUGCUCGGCCAUUCCACGCCCCCGCGAACCCCUUCACCGCCCCGAUGA